CCCAUCCAUCCAUCCAGCCAGCGAGAUCCACUCGACAAAACCCGAUCGAUCGCUCGACCGAAGCAGUUCAAUCAAUCACGGCACGAUCCCCCGAUCCAGCCCCCCUCCCCCUCCCCCUCCCCUCCACCACCUAGGGUUCGUCCCUCGCUCCCCCCCGCCAUGUCCUCCUCAACGGCCUCCUGGUCGCGCUACGGCGCCGUCCCGGCCCCGGCCCCGCCCCCGCCGCCGCCGCGGCCCGACGCGAACGGCGACGGCGAGGCGCCCUCCUCCUCGUCCGCAUCCUCCCCGCCGGCAGCGACGGCGGCGGAGGCGGGGGUGGCCUUCUUCUCGCGCGCGGGGGCGAGCGCCGCGGCGGCCGCGGCCGUGGGCCGGCCGCGGGCGUGGAGGGAGGUGCUGGACCACACGGCCUUCUCCCGCCCGGAGACCUGCGGCGAGGCGCGCGCCCGGGCGCGCCGCAACCUCGCAUACUUCCGCGCCAACUACGCGCUCGCGGCGCUCCUGCUCGUCUUCCUCGGCCUCGUCUACCGCCCGCGCUCCAUGCUCGCCUUCCUCGGCCUCUUCGUCGCCUGGCUCGCGUUCUACUUCGGCCGCGGCGGGGACGCGGGCCCGCUCGCCUGCCUCGGCCGCGACGUCGACGACCGCGUCGUGCUGGCCGCCCUCUCCGCCGCCACCGUGCUCGCCGUCGCGCUCACCCGCGCGGGCCUCAACCUGCUCGUCUCCCUCGUCAUCGCCUCCGCCCUCAUCGGCGUGCACGCCGCGUUCCGCAUGAACGUCUACCUCGACGAGAGGGACGCCUUCGACGCCGACGCCGCCGUCUCGUCCUUCACGGGGAGCACCUACGGCUACAGCACGCUCCCGAGAUGAGUGAGCCAUUCGGUCAAAGGGCGUUUCUUCUCAUCCUCUCUUCUUCCAGGAUGUAAUGCUACGGAAAUUCAGUCUUUUGUAGUCUGUAUGCGGUGUAUAGGAUCUUGUUUGCUUUCCCUUUUGUGGGGAGUUUUGGUUUCUUUGUAGUCCGCUUGGUGUUCAGGUGAAAUUCUUAAGCCGAUUGUGAUGAUCUGAAGCUGUUUUCAAAGGGGAUUUUUUUGUAAGAUGUUGCUCCAAGGUGUAAAUCAUCCCUCCUACUGACUAGUUGUUGUGGUACUAAAGAUUGUGAAAUUCAGUGUA